UCCGCCGCUCCUCUCAAGUCCGGUCGAGCGGCGCCCGGCGCAGGUGACUCAGCCCCACGGGGCGGCACGACGCGGCGCAGUCCCAGCCCUCCCGACGUCAGCGAGCCCGGCCCGGCCCUGCGCUCGACGAGCAGGUAGGAGCCGCGCUCGAGUGGCUGCUCGCCCGCUGCGGUCGUUUCCUCGCUCCGCCAGGGCAGAGGCGACAUGGGCAAACUGCAGCGCUUCGACAUCGCCUUCAGCGACAACAAAGUGGUCUACAGCCCGGGAGAGCUCAUCUCCGGCACGGUCAGCGUCGUGCUCAACAGCCCGCUGCCGUUUAAAGCGAUCAAGGUGAACUGCGCCGGCUCGUGUGGCGUCUCCAACAAGAUGAAUGAGACCAACUGGACGGUGGAGGAGCAGUACUUCAGCAGCACGCUGACCAUGGCCGAGAAAGGUUCCCUGCCCCCCGGCGAGCACUGCUAUCCCUUCCGGUUCCCAUUGCCAGUCUCCUGUCCUACCUCGUUUGAGGGUCCUUUUGGAAGGAUUGAAUAUCGAAUCCGUGCAACGAUCGACACGCCCCGCUUUGCCAAAGACUACAAGACGCAGAAGGCGUUCUACGUGCUGAACCUGCUGAACCUCAACGAGAUCCCCGACAUCGAGCAACCAAACACAGUGAGCACAUCCAAGAAGUUCUCCUACCUCCUCGUGAAGACGGGCACCCUGACCCUGACAGCGGGCAGCGACCUGAGGGGCUACACGCCAGGACAGGUCAUCAAGCUCAGCGCCGCCGUGCACAACAAAUCUGGAAAAGACAGCAGCAGCAUCCUGGCCAGCCUGAUCCAGAAGGUCACCUACAAGUCCAAGAGGUCCAUCUACGACCUGCGCACCAUCGCCGAAGUUGAGGGGGCCGGGGUCAAAGGCGGCAAGAAUGCCGAGUGGCGGGAGCAGAUCAUCGUGCCACCGCUGCCGCAGUCCACCAUCAGGAGUUGCACUCUCAUCCAGAUCGACUACUUCCUGCAGGUACGGCUCACCUGGCCAUUUCCCGUCUCAGACCCCCGCUCUGUUCGGUGCCCCCCCCCCCCUAACUUGCUCUCCUCUGCCUUCUUUCUCCAGGUGUCGCUCAAAUCUCCAGAAAUUUUGGUGACUCUCCCCAUCUACAUUGGGAAUAUCGCAAUAAACAGCCUGCCGGUGACUCCAUCUCGACCAGUGAGACCCGCUCCGCUGGCACCUGCCUCAGCCACUGUGACGCCCACCGCCCCGCCCGCCGAGCUCGCCUGUGGCACCGACCGCGUGGAGAUCCCCACCAAGAGCCACUCUCAGCAGCAGUCGAGCAGCCAGCCGGCCGCCUUCUCCCCGAGUGCCUUCAGCUACGCCCCCGGACUCAGCUUCCCAGAGACCAGAGCCGACUGUGAGGAGGGGGGCAGCACCGGACCCCUCUUCUGUGUGUCCACCGGGGCCACCGUCCCCUACUACUCCGAGGGAGCUGUGACGCCCACGCCGACGGCCGGGCCGCUGAUCCUGCCACCGGAGUACAGCAGCUGGAACUACCCGAGCGAGCCGCCGCCUUCAUAUGAAGAAAGCUGCAGCCGAGCCCCUCGGGACUGACCGCCUGGGUCUUCAGACGGGGUGAAGCCACUGCCCAGCCGCCAGAUAACAUGGACACUUGGGAUUGGGCGCGGCAGAGUAGACGAACUGGGGGUGCAGGGUGACCCGGCCUGCCAGGAGUGACGGCCUUUGUAUCUUUUUAUGCUUUUUUUCUGCUUUUUUAAAUGAAGGAAAAAAACAACAAACUGAUUUUAGCAUCUGUGAUGCCUUAAUGACGCCGAGCAUUCGGCUUCCUCUUUUUGUACCUCUGCCACACUUGGCUGGCGCACGGAAAAGUCAGUCAGUCAUUGGGUAGGGCAAGGCUGUUUGAGCUCUGCCACCCCUUUCUGGGCACGUCUCCCACCACAAGGAGGUAGGUGGGCCGCUGGGACCGUGCAGCCCCAGAGAUCGGUGGCAGAGCGUUUGUACUUCUCCAGAAAUCAAGACUGGUGCUAACUGUUCAUCCCAGUAUUCAGUGUGGGGUGCCAGGGUCUGGGCGGGGCCUCGCCGCAGUGCCCCCUGUAAACCACGCGCUGUCAGCCGAGUGACUUGGACGAUUAUUUGCACAGAAGGUUCUAGAGCUUUAAUCCGAUUCUGACUCCACUUCUCUUGACUUUCUCUUUUUUUGGUGGUGGUUUUGCCCUCCCAUUAAAUUAUUUUGUAUUUUUCUAGCAGAGGCCUUGGCGUCUCUGCCAGUGAUUUAUUUAUGUAGUUUUGUUCUUUUUUUGUUUUUUAUUAAUACCUAAAUUUGUUUUUGUCUCAGUUUAACUUACUUUAAACGACUGUAUUCUUAUUCUUGUAUUAAUAAAGUCAUCUGCCUGA